AUGUCAAGAGUGGAGACGUUCCCUGGAUUGAUUUUCUCAAAUAAAGAAGGAAAAAGAUGUCAGGAAAAUCCUCCAAAAUGUACCCCUCCCUGCAGAGAGGGGCUGUCAUCUGGGAUCCAAAACCACAGCAGUGAAUACCUGCAAGUGCAUCAGACGGAGCUGGAGUAUCUGUCUGCUCGACACAAAGAUACAAAAAGGAACUCCAGGCUGGCUUUCUAUUAUGAUCUGGAUAAGCAAAUUCGCUCUGUUGAAAGGUACAUCAGAAAAUUGGAAUUUCAUAUAAGCAAGAUAGAAGAACUGUAUGAAACUUACUGCAUCCAGUGCAGGCUGCGGGAUGGGGCCUCUAAUAUGAAACGUGCCUUCUCCUUGACACCCUCCACUAAAGCCUCCAGAGAGAGCCUGGUAGAACUUUAUAAGAACCUCCAAGAAUGCACAGAGGAUAUGUGUCUGAUUGAAGGGGCACUGGAGGUUCAUUUGGGAGAAUUUCACUUGAAGAUGAAAGGGUUGGUGGGCUACGCACGUCUCUGCCCAGGGGACCAAUAUGAGGUGUCUGUACGACUAGGGCGCCAGAAAUGGAAGCUGAAGGGCAAGAUUGAAACGGAUGACAGCCAAACGUGGGAUGAGGAAGAGAAAGUUUUUAUACCCAACCUCAAUGAGAAGUUUGAAAUAAAGGUCACAGAGCUGCGGGGACUGACUACUAUUCUCGUUGGCGUGGUAACGUGUGAUGGCAUCAACUUCUUUACCACCAGACCUCAGGCGAUCAUUGUGGAUAUAACUGAGCUAGGCACCAUCAAGCUCCAGCUGGAAGUCGUCUGGAACCCAUUUGACACAGAGAACCUGUUUUUGUCACCUGGAACCACUUCCAAGUUUUCUCUAGGCAGUAGGAAAAACUCCUUGUACAAUUGGACUCCACCAAACACACCCAGCUUCAGAGAGAAAUAUUAUCUCUCUGUUUUGCAGCAACGAAAGAACCAUUGUGACAUAAACAAUGAGGCACAAGCCCCCUGCAUACUGAGCUACUUGGCUGACUAUGACUUCGACAUGCAUCGGAGGCUUGAAAAACACAGCUCUACGGAGACCGAUUCAUUCAACUCCCAGGAUCAGAAAGGGACAGAAACCAGCAAUGUGACUCCAGCUUCCGACCACACGACCCUGCCAGUAGUUCUUGUACAGGAUGCCAGUGCAGAAGGAAGACAACACAAGUCUCCAAACCACACAACGCUCGAUAUCCUGAAAGAGACUCCUCCCAUUGAUGGAGCGCCAAAUAGCCCAUCCAGCCUAUGGGACAUAAGGAAAGAGGGCAGAGAUUCUGUCAGCCAGCACUGGAGUCAUCAGUCUGUGGAACAAGAAAAUGUCUUGUCUGUUGGUCGGAAAAACUUGAAUGCUGAAAAUGACAUAAAACCAGCUGGAAGCGCCAAAGCAGUCGAGAAACUCCUUCAAGAAGUAUUAAAUUUGCUGAAGUCGCAGAAUCCAGGACAAACCCCAUUGGAGGGACUGGAGUACCAAGUUUUAUGCAUCAGGGACAAAUUAAAGCUGAAGACAUCUUGUCAGGAACAUUCAUCCAUGGAGAGUCUGAUGGUGGAGAUGGUGCUGGAAAGUUUUGACUUUUUAAACACGGACUGCAGUGCUGAUGAGGUUUCCUUAUUUGGCAGCAUAAGGACAGACAGUCUCAGUACGUACAAUGACAACACACUGGGCUAUGAGACGAAAACAGAAACAGCAGAGUUAACCACCGGAAAUGAGGAUUUAGACAGACUUCUGGUAGUUCAUCUGCAGCUGUGCAAAGCUCUCUUGCAGAAACUGGUUUUGACAAACAUCGCCCGAGUUGUCCAGGAGAGCCUUUUGGAAGAAGUGUCACGGCAGAAAAAAGUGUUGGAGACCAUCUCAAAGCUCUUUGUUCUGGAAGCUGGGAGUUUCACCUCUGUUGAGGAGGUUAUUCACAAGGCAAAAAAGCAGAAGCAGUGUCUGAAAAUCUGGAGUGAAUUCACAGAGCCAGGAAAUAUCUUGUUCUGUUCAGCGGAAAAAUUCCAGAAUCCACUGAAAUACAUAUUAAUGUUCAAAGUGAAGGAGAAAUAUCCAGGACAUCUAGAAGCAGUGCUGCGAAGGCUCCUGGAACAGAUCGUCACCUGCAGCGGGUUGCUUCCCUCUGCGAGCCCCCCUGCAGAACUGCUUACCUUAUUCCAGUUUCACAGCUACCUGGAGAAAGAGCAUGUUACCAGCCUGGAGAAACACUUGGCAGAACUCACCAAAGAAGUCAUGCUAAUUCAGGAGCUACAGUGUCCCGGGCGACUUAAAAAAAUCAAGAAAUUAAAAGGGAAGCGACUGAAUCAACUCCAGCCUCUACCUCAAACUUUACAGCUGCUGGGGAUUCUGCAGUUAGAUGACAACCGCCAUGUCAGCAAAGCAGCCAUGUCCUGUCUCUCGCGGGCGGCCAUGAAUAAGAAUUUCAGGGAGAAGGCUCUGCUGUUUUACACGGAUAUGUUAGCGGACUGUGAUGCAAAAAUACAGCAAGCUGCAUGUCUGGCGCUCAAAAACCUUAGAGCCAUAGAAAGCAUUGAGGAGAUUGCCAGCUUGUGUCAGUCUGAAACCGAGGAAGUACGAAAUGCUGCCAGGGAAUCAACGCUGUCAUUUGGUGAAAAAGGACGACUAGCCUUUGAAAAAAUGGACAGAGUUUGCUGUGAGUUGAGAGAGACAGUGUACCAAGAAGCGGAAAUUGAAAUCACAAUAUUUUAAAUAAUGAAAUGUUGACUGUGUCCUACAACCCAGAUGUGAUGAUAGAAGGAUUUGGUUUCUUUGGUAGAUUUUCCUUUAACCAAUAGCUGGUUUAAUUAGCACACACUGGUAUCUAGCAAAGGAUAUCCCAAUAUGGGGUGGGAGCACAUGUGGGACAGCUCCAUUUGGGUGAGGCAGGACUAAAACAUGUGUCUCAGCAGCUGUAUCAGAAUGCUUCUGGCUCCGAGAGCCAAGAUCAUGAAAUACCACUACAUGGUGCUAAUAUAAAUCCAGCAGCCCCUCUCAGGCUGGGUCCACUAGAAAGCACAAUAAGCUUCAGAACAACUCAGUCUGCAGUGCCCAAAAUAGUAGGCCAAAGGGUAAGUCUAAUAGGAGAUCACAAAAGGAUAGAACUGGAAGGGACCUGGAGCGGUUUAGUAGUAUUGUGUUGGUUCAUUAAGAAUCUGGUAUUCUUGGAGUUGCACAAACUCAUGCCCCCUCCUCUCUCCGAAGAAAAAAAGAAAAGCCCAAACCACCAAAACCUCUCAACUCCUUGCAGUUGGUUUGAGGAUUUAUGAAGGGGAAGGGAGCAAAGGUAAAGAGUAGCCUUAUAACUGACAGGUGUGACAACGCCUCUAUCUUACUGCAGAGAGCAUAAGAAAUAUACCUUAGCUUCAAGAUGUGGAGGUUUCCUUUCUGCGUCACCUGUAUGAAUUCUGAUCAGAUGUCACUAGGUCCAUUAGUAAUCCUCCCAAAGUUUUACAAACUACAUAAGUGAAGGGUCAGCUCAGCUGGUGUGAAAAAAAAACGUAACUCCUUGGACUUCAAUGGAACUGGUUUACAGCAGCUGAAGAGCUGGUCUGAAUGUGGUUUUCUAUGGCCCUUGGAGACAAUAGUGCAUGUAAACAGUCUCACUAAUGAGACAGAAUACUAUAUACUAUUAGUCAACGUAUACUAGAUUUGCAGAAAACUAGUAUAAGCUAGCUCCAGUAUCAACAUGUACUGAAGACAUAAGCCAGCACUUGUUCUGUCUGAAAUCACAGAAGCUACCACCCACUUUAAGAGGAGAAUCCAACAUCAUUUCUAGGCUGGUCUGGGCUUGCAAAUCUGAAUAAGGUCUUAAGUUCAUUGCUUCCAGAAAACAAGU